CAAAAGAAGCUGUGUGGUGAUGGUGGAAUGUCACAAUAUUUUUGCAAAUAUUGGCUUAAUUUCUUCGUCGAUGGCUACCAAUGCUAAAGCGGCUGAGGAAAGAUUAUCCCUUUGUCCUGCUGUAUCAAUGUAUGGACCAUGCAAUAUACGAGAUUUGACUCCUGGACAAACGAAGCUUUGGUGUGCUUGUGGCUUAAGCCAAAAACAGCCUUGGUGUGACGGUUCUCAUAAAGGAACUGGAUUUCUGCCGAUAAAAUGGACGGUGCCUGAAAAAUUCCAAACUCAGUAUGAGCUAUGUGCCUGUAAACAUACUGCCAGCCCUCCGUUGUGUGAUGGAUCGCACAUUAAAGUGCCUUUGGAAGUUCUUAAAAGACAGAGACAGUGCGCCAACGUCCACUCAGACAGUCAAAAUUUAUGCACUGGAUGUGGUUGGAGACCUGAUUGGUAAAUUGCUUUUGGCAUUUCUAUCACUGUGUGCAAGAUCUGGUCCUCCAAGAUCUGGUUCAAAAUGUGCUAGUCCCCAAAAGACAAAAUUGUUUUUUCUUUUGUGUUUAAUGCGUGGCUAUACUUAACUAUCAAUUAACUUUUCACCUUUGAUUAAUCAUCCUAGAAAUUCCA